AGAGAGAGAGAGAGAGAGAGAGAGACGCUGCAAUAUCAUGCGCGAGCGCCUCUCGGAGUGCCGCAGAUACUCGGGCUGCGCUCUUACACGCUCACGCGCGCGCGCACACACACACGCACACACACAUCCACUCCACACGCAGGAGCGCGCGUAAGGACGGACGGAGAGCUUGGGACAGAAGAGCAGUCGGGAUCUCCGCCACGAACACUUCUCCACGAGCUCCACCGGGAUUUACAACUUCUCUUUUUUUUACCCCAUACAUUUUUCCCUCCUUCUCCGUUUUCAGAGUCGCUCGAGACUGCGGAGGCUGCUUUUUCCCAAACUCUGCCGUGCCACCGACAGGAACAGCGGGAGAGCUCGUGCACAACCAAACGGAGCAAAGUUCACGGCGAUUUAAUUGGAAAUAUGUUUGAUUCAAGAAAACGGGAUUUUUUUUAAACACAUUUUAGUUUGAAUGGAUUGAAUCGUUUCUGAAGUCUUUUUUUUUCUGUAACAGUGUGAACUAUACAGACGCGUAGUGCAUGAAUUCUAUUAUGAGUCUUAAAUGCGUUUGAUUGCCGGACUUGUGCAGAAUUCAGAUUCCUGGAGGCAUUCAUGGUAAGGAAAAGAAAGAGUGAAGAGCAGAUAUAUUUGGUGGAAAGGAUGAGAGAUCUCUUCUCCGAGGCAAAUCCACUGUAAAUGAGAGCGCGCGAGCGCAGAUAAAACUGGAAGAAACGGAACGGCUUGAAUCCGCUUUAGAGUUUCAGCAAACUGUUGAUAAAUAAUAACUUUCCAACAUAAGAAAACGGUGAUUAGAGACAAGGCGUGAUGAGGAAUACAGUCACUACGGACUGCUGGUGCUACUGUUUUCUGCUGCUGCAGCUGCUGACUCAGCCCGCGGCCAAGCAAGUGCUGCGCUACCGCUUGGCUGAAGAAGGUCCUGCCGAUGUGCGCGUCGGGAACGUGGCCGCCGACCUCGGCAUUGUCGCCGGCUCCGGGGAUGUGACUUUCACUCUCGAAUCUGGCUCGGAGUACUUUAAGAUCGACAACAUCACCGGCGAUUUGAGCACCAACGAGCGGCGCAUUGACCGCGAGAAGCUGCAGCAGUGCCAGAUGAUCUUCGACGAGAACGAGUGCUUCAUUGACUUCGAGGUGUCCGUGAUCGGACCCGCGCAGAGCUGGGUAGACCUGUUCGAGGGCAAGGUCAUCAUUCUGGACAUAAACGACAACACGCCGUCUUUCCCCUCGCCCGUACUCACGCUCUCAGUAGAGGAAAACCGGCCGAUCGGCACGCUUUAUCUUUUGCCAACGGCCACCGACCGGGAUUUCGGCAGGAAUGGGAUCGAGAGAUACGAGUUGAUUCAGGACAACGGAGAAAGCUCGGUGCGCCGGAUAGGCUCAGGGGGCUCCGCUAAUGUCGACUCUCACAUGGGAAAGAGACGAUUUGAGGACGGCGCGAGUCGGAGCAGCGUGUUUGAACUUCAGGUCGCUGACACGACAGACGGAGAGAAACAGCCGCAACUGAUCAUUAAAGGCGCACUGGACAGAGAGCAGCGCGACUCGUAUGAGCUGACUCUGCGCGUCAGAGACGGCGGAGACCCCCCUCGCUCCUCUCAAGCCAUUCUCAGAGUGAUGAUAACAGAUGUGAAUGACAACAGCCCUCGCUUUGAGAAGAGCGUGUAUGAGGCAGAUCUACCUGAGAACAGCUCCCCUGGCGCCCCCAUCCUCCAGCUGAAGGCAAUGGAUGCUGAUGUUGGGGUUAAUGGCCAGAUUGAAUAUGUUUUCGGGGCAGCCACUGAGUCAGUGCGACGACUCCUGCGGUUAGACGAGAGCACAGGCUGGCUUAGUGUGUUGCACAGGAUUGAUCGCGAGGAAGUCAGUCAGCUGCGGUUCACGGUCAUGGCCCGUGAUCGUGGUCAGCCUCCCAAGACAGACAAGGCUACUAUGAUUAUCAAUAUCAAAGAUGAAAAUGACAACGUCCCAAAUAUCGACAUAAGAAAAAUCGGCCGCAUUUUUCUCAGAGAUGGUGUGGCAAAUGUUGCAGAGGAUGUAGUGAUAGACACACCUAUUGCAUUAGUGCAAGUGUCUGAUCGUGACAAGGGGCCGAAUGGUGUUGUGACAUGCACCGUGGUCGGUGACGUACCCUUCCAACUGAAGCCUGCGAGCGAGAUUGAAGGUGACAUGAACAAAAAGAAGUAUUUCCUGCACACAUCAGCACCGCUCGACUAUGAAGCUGUGCAGGAGUACAACGUUGUCAUAGUGGCUGUAGAUUCAGGCAGCCCCAGUCUGUCUGCAAACAACUCAUUAAUCGUGAAAGUUGGGGACAUGAAUGACAAUCCACCUAUCUUUAGCAAAAACACAAUGGAAGUCUCAUUUCCAGAGAACAAUGCUCCUGGUGAACGUGUACUUACUGUAGUGGCCUUGGAUGCAGACAGUGGCAAAAAUGCAGAAAUCGCCUACUCACUGGAUUCAUCUGUGAAUGGAAUUUUUUCCAUUGACCCAGAUAGUGGUGACAUUCGUGUUAACACGAUACUUGAUAGAGAGCAAACAGAGCGCUAUGAGUUCAAAGUAAUCGCCAAAGACAAAGGUGUGCCUGUUUUACAGGGCUCGGCCACAGUGGUGGUACUGGUGGCGGACAAAAACGAUAACGAACCAAAGUUUAUGCAGGAUGUUUUUACUUUCUAUGUAAAAGAGAACAUGCAACCCAAUAGCCCUGUAGGCAUGGUAACAGUAAUGGAUGCAGACAAGGGUCAUAAUGCUGAAAUGAGCCUUUACAUUGAGGAAGAGGAAGACAUUUUCUCAAUUGAGAACAACACAGGAACCAUCUAUUCUACUGUAGCAUUUGACCGUGAACAGAAAACCACCUACUCAUUCCGUGUGAAGGCAAUCGAUGGUGGGGAUCCACCUCGAUCGGCCACAGCCACCGUCUCACUUUUUAUCAUGGAUGAAAAUGAUAACCCACCAACGGUUACUUUUCCUCUUAACAGCUCCUAUACUCUGUUACCUCCAUCCAGCAAUUUGAAAACAGUCGUCCGGACAGUGAUAGCAACCGACACUGACACAGGUGUCAACGCUGACCUCAGCUACAGCAUAGUAGGUGGCAACCCCUUUAAAUUAUUCGAGAUUGACUCUGUCACUGGUGUAAUUACAUUAGUUAGCAAGCUAGAACAGAAACACUAUGGCCUUCACCGCCUGGUCGUGCAAGUUAACGACAGUGGGGUACCCUCACAGAGCACCACCACAUUAGUGCAUGUCUAUGUCAAUGAAACAAUCUCCAACUCCACCAUAAUAGAUUCCAAAAUAGCCAAAAGCCUUGGUACACCCCUUAAUGCCGACAUUGCCGGAGAUCCAAACUAUGACCUGGGCAAGCAGCGUUUAAGCAUUGCUAUAGGAGUAGUGUCUGGCAUUAUGACAGUUAUCCUCAUCAUCCUCAUUGUGGUCAUGGCCCGUUACUGCAGGCCCAAGAACAAGAACGGGUAUGAGGCUGGCAAGAAAGACCACGAAGACUUCUUCACCCCACAGCAGCAUGACAAGAACAAGAAACCCAAAAAAGACAAGAACAAAAGGAAGUCUAAGCAACCUCUGUACAGCAGUAUUGUCACCGUCGAAGCUUCAAAGCCUAAUGGACAGCGAUAUGAUGGCGUCAAUGAGAAACUCUCUGACAGCCCUGGAAUGGGUCGUUAUCGCUCUGUUAACGGAGGGCCCGGAAGCCCAGACCUUGCUCGCCACUACAAGUCCAGCUCACCUCUACCUACUGUUCAGCUUCAUCCACAGUCACCCACUGCAGGGAAAAAACACCAGGCUGUUCAGGAUCUGCCACCGGCCAACACCUUUGUGGGCACCGGAGAUAACAUAUCCAUUGGAUCUGACCACUGCUCUGACUACAGCAGCCAAACCCUUAACAAGUACAACAAGCAGCCAUUCCGCCGAGUGACGUUCUCGGUGGUGAGCCAGCCCCAGGACCCCCACCAGGGCUCUCUGCAGAGCUGCUACGACAGUGGCCUUGACGAGUCGGAGACGCCGAGCAGCAAGAGCUCCACAGGCCCCGGCUGGGAGCCCUUCCCCUCCCUGAGGAUGCCUAUGAGAGGACCACGCCGGAUGGCAGUGUCGGUGAGGCAGAGCAUAUGGAAAAUGGAGAAAAAGAACAAUAAAAACUCUCGGCCCCUGCCGGAUGUAGCCAUGACGGGGAAGUGUACGCGCGAGUGUGACGAGUAUGGCCACUCAGACGCCUGCUGGAUGCCGGUGCGCACUUCACCCGAGCGCAGGUCCAAGGCCACCCCUCCCAAACUCUCCACCUUCAACUCGAGCUCAGCCGGGUGCAGCGGUGCCGAACCAGCCACGAGCUCUGAUCCACUCGCCGUGGCCAACGGAGAGCCCUCACACCUCCUUGGAGACCGCAACCGCAAUCUCCUCAACAAGAAAAUGGCCUCCUCCUCUUCCUCCUCCUCGGCCUACGAUGCUUUCGGUUCGGCUGCCUUCUCUGCUAGCGAUGAAACGUCUCGGCCGGUUGAAGAGAUUCCGCUGGCACCCACAGGCGAAUAUAAACCUACGCAAUGCGGGACGCUUACUAGGCGCGAGGUUUACCUGUGAAAUGUCCUGGUGAACGAAUCACGAGUCACUAUUUCAUCCUACAAUGACUCCGGCAAUUUCAGAGACGCCUUAUAAGCGCCAAAGCCUGGUAUGAAAUGUGUGCUUGUUUGAUAUAAGCAGUGAAUAAAAGAUGUAAAAAAAACAACAAAAAAAUAACCACGGAGAAUAGUUUUGUAGAUGUGGAGGAGACAGAGGAGGAGGAGAGAAAGACAGAGGUGGAGAGAGAGGGAUGCUGGUGGAUGAGUCCUGUGUCAUUUUGCUGCUAGCAUUCCGGGCCCUCUGACUUUUUCCCAAAGUGCUGCCUGGUUGUGUAGAAUUCAUCAUAAGCAUGCAUGCAAAAUCUAGCCCUUAAUGACUUGGACUAUACGUCUUAGGACUUUUUUUUUUUAUUUUAUUAUUCUUUUUUUUUUUAUUAAUGCUAAAUAGAUGGCAAGAGGCGAGACUGGUGCUGUUUUAUUUUUUAUUUGAUAAUCUUUAAUUUAUGUGAAAUGUCCCUGUAGAAGAUUGAAAUUGUUUGCUUUAUUCAUUUUGAUUAUUGUAUACUUAUGCAAUCUGUCCAAGCACUGGACUAGUUACACUGAACAACCAUAGCAUUCAAAGAGACCAAAAACAACAAAACUGGCCAAUUGUGGACAAGAACUGAUACAUAAUGUUAUCAGUGAUGGAAAUGGGAAGCAAAACAAAAACCUGCCCCCCCCCAAAAAAAAAAAAAAAACCCUGGAGCACGUCUUUAUGAACUAGUAACAUUUCCAAUGACUCUAUCCUUUACAAUGGGUUUGUAGAUAUCUAAAAACGGCAAGCGUUAAAUGGUGAACGUACACUGCAAGAUGCGAGUUUACCUGUGUGCCUAUCUGCUUUUCAAACACACACACACACACAAACACACAUGCACGCUCACAGGCUCUAACGUGGAUGACAAGUUGUACAUAAAUACACUGAACAUAUUUGGGACACAUACUUUAUACCUAAGCUGUCGACUCACCAAACGCUCCACCCCUGUCUUUUCUCUGUACACUGCUGCAUUGUGGGAGUUGUUGACAUUUCUUGGGUCGCCUGUUCUGUGCUGUAAUUCCACGAACACCGGCAACGCUAGGAGUUCUUGACAUGAUCUAUGCCGUCUUCUUUUUUUGUUGUCUAAGACUUAAACUGAAGCUCUUAGUGACUUAUGGCACACAAUGAGUUACACGUGCACACAAACACAAAUGGCACCUUACACACUCUCUCUCUCACACACACACACACACACACAUACACACAAACAUACAAAUACAUAUAGGACCUAACCAGCUAUGAGGAUCUCUCGCUUGAUAUGUGACUAGCUACCAGGGAAAUGAUUACGAUGACUUGGUCCCACGGACCACAUGCUUGGGCUGGUCCUGUAAAACAUUCUUAAAGUAUGAGUGUUAAAUUGAGCAAUAAACCCGAGGGAUGUUCAAAGUAGUCAUUCUCAGAUCAUGCCUACCUAAAGUUCUGAAGACUCACAUGAAAUGACUAGUCGACCAAUUAAAUUGGUGAAUACUAAUAAAAAAAAAAAAUAAAAUACCUAGGGCAUGAGGAUCCACCAGCUAAAUAGAUUUGUACAAUCAAAACAGCUAUCUUUACGAUGUCAUUGGGCUAAAGGAGCACUUUAGUCAUGCAAAAACGAAACGUUGCCAUUUAAAUACAAACCAAAGUCCUGGGAAGAACGUGACUGGUUAUUUGCUAUAAAAAGAAGGCGGCCAAAUGAAAAUUGAACAUGGAUGCAUGUUGGUUUAAAGACACAUGCACGUUUACCCAUAAAGCUAGAGAAACAGAUGAUGUCCUUUCUGAACUACACACAAACACUUUAAUACAAACACAUACACACAUACACACACACACACACACACACACACAUGCAUUCUCAAUGUAAGGUCCUUGAUAAAAUAAGAAAAAAAAAAUCCAUUAAAUAACCCAAGUUUGUGGUUGAGUGUACACUCCUAAGGCUCAAGUCCUGCCUUUACAACUGAGUGACAAUAAUCCAAUGCAAUGGAAUUACUCUUUUUGUACGUUGGAGAAACCAGAGUCUGAAUGGACUGCACUUAUUAUUUUUGUUUUUCUUUUCUCGCAGCCUGAAUCUAUAGUCUGUGUGUUCUACUUGUCGUUAAAAGAAGUGCUCUGAUGCUUAUCCACUGUAUACAGAAAUAUGUACUUUUUAUUGCACGUUUAAAAGGGAUUCUACUUCACAUACUAUGAAGGCAAAAAAAAAAAAGCAAAAAAAUGGAAAUGGAUUAAAAAAAAAAGAAAAAAAAAAAUCUUGGAGAUUUUGGAGGUCCAUUGCUUGCUUUUGUUAAACGAACAUUAUAAACAGACAUAUAGUAUGGCUUAGAUUAUCAGAUUAUUUGACAAGGAUGAAAAAUGAAUUAUGUAUACUACAAAGAUUCACCAGUUUAUUUAGUCACACGUACAGUAAAUGUUUUCAUUCUUCUGA